AUGGCUUCUGCAGCUGCCGAGAACGCUUCACCGAUUGGUAUUGCCAAUCUGCCCAACCAGCGACACAAGAUUGUCGCGAAGCGUGGCGCCGGCUUCACUAUCAUGGUUGCUGGCGAGUCUGGUCUGGGCAAGACUACCUUCAUCAACACUCUCUUCUCCACCACCAUUAAGAACUACGCCGAUCACAAGCGACGCCACCAGAAGCAGGUUGACAAGACCGUCGAAAUUGAGAUCACCAAGGCUGAGCUUGAGGAGAAGUUCUUCAAAGUCCGAUUGACCGUUAUCGAUACCCCCGGAUUCGGCGACUAUGUCAACAACCGCGACUCUUGGAUGCCCAUCAUCGAGUUCCUCGACGACCAGCACGAGUCCUACAUGCUUCAAGAACAGCAGCCCCGCCGUCAGGACAAGAUCGACCUCCGUGUCCAUGCCUGUCUGUACUUCAUCCGCCCUACCGGCCACACCCUUAAGCCUCUUGACAUUGAGGUCAUGAAGCGCCUCUGUUCGCGCGUUAACUUGAUUCCUGUUAUCGCCAAGGCUGAUACUCUCAGCCCUGCUGACCUGGCCAAGUUCAAGCAGCGAAUUGUUUCUGUCAUCGAGGCCCAGAACAUCAAGAUCUACCAGCCCCCUGUCGAGGAGGACGACGAGGCCGCUGCCCAGCAUGCCCGCAGCCUUAUGAACGCCAUGCCUUUCGCCGUUAUCGGUUCCGAGAAGGAUGUCAAGACUGGCGAUGGCCGCAUUGUCAAGGGUCGACAAUACUCUUGGGGUGUCGCCGAGGUUGAGAACGAGGACCACUGCGACUUCAAGAAGCUCCGCUCCAUUCUGAUCCGAACACACAUGCUCGACCUUAUUCACACCACCGAGGAGCUGCAUUACGAGGCCUACCGCGCCCAGCAGAUGGAGACCCGCAAGUUCGGCGAGGCCCGUCCCCGCAAGCUCGACAACCCCAAGUUCAAGGAGGAGGAGGAGGCCCUCCGAAAGCGAUUCACCGAGCAGGUCAAGAUCGAGGAGCAGCGCUUCCGACAAUGGGAGCAGAAGCUCAUUUCCGAGCGCGACCGCCUCAACAAGGAUCUCGAACAAACCCACGCUCAGAUCAAGCAGCUCGAGCAGGAGUUGGAGCAGAUGCAGGGCAGUGCUGUCCGCAGUCAUGGCCGCCGCUAA